GUAGAAUUGAGAUAAUAUCAAACUGCCAUGAGGAUCACGAAAAGGUGAGGACAUCAUAAAUCCAAAUCGCCAGGGACAACAUCGCCGGGGGCGACGGAAUUUUAGUCAUAAUACUCAGCAUUGAUUUCACUUCUGGUAAUAUCUUAAGUUCACCUUCUUUCAUCGCAGCCUAGUCCAAAAGUCCAUCAAACAACACCACAGUGAAUGAACAGUGACUUCCAUACUCAUAGGCUACCCUCAGCCCGUGCCAUCUAUCACGUCUCCCCCUUUCAGGUAUCUCUGUCAUAAGAAACCCAAGAGCCUCCCCAUUGACGAUUCAAGCCAUGGAUCAAGAUCAAGACCAGAAGCCCAACGUGGCGGUCCACCAGGAGGAGGAGUUUCGUGAAUGGUCUCCGCCUCUUACUGAUUUUGGUUUCAACCUCACCCGCAGCAAUCUCCAUUGUAUCCCGCAAGACCUCCUUGAUGUCGGAUGCUCAAAGCUCUAUAUUGAAUUCUUGCUGCAGUUUAUGGAGCCAGGAACAGAAGGCCCAGACUCCGACAACAUAGCGGUUACUACACAUACCGUUAUGAAGGCCGACUUCGUGACUCCACAUGACCAGUACAAAGGCGUUCGAAUCGCCAUGAACCUAGAUAGUCAAGAACACUGUCCAGAAUUGGGAGUGUUGGGCGUAAAGUUUCGCACGUACUCUGGAAGAACUACAUCGUCGAUGCGUACUUUCGUGUUUGCUUUGCAUGACUCCGUGAAAGUUGGUCAGCUACUCGAGGCGAUGACUAGCAACAACAUGCAGUAUUUCCUUUUUGAUUAUGACGCCAAUGACAAAAUAAAACUUCCUAGUGCCCAAGCUUUCUACCAGCUCGAAACCCGUGGCUAUGUUAGCCCUCAAGUAGAAAGCAUCAUUCCUGAAGAGCCUCAGAUGCCCAGCGGUCUGACUGCCUAUGACGUCCUACCUAUGGCGUUCAACCGCCAGAGAGGACAUAUCGAACGUUCUAUCGGCAGAGGUAAAUUCCCGUUCUACACACGUGUUGAAGAACCCUACAUGAAAUAUGAUGAUAAAGCCUCAGAGGAGGUUGAGUGAGAUGACUUGGUUCUUUUUUUUUCUUGGUUUGUUCUUUCUGGUUGCUUUUGAAAAAGUUAUCAAUAAUACCCAAGGGCGUGAAUUAGGAUGCGUGAACAGGGAAAAGGAGAAUACCCGUACAGGCGGAGCUGCAUUUAAUCAUGGAGUAGGCUGUAAGUUCGUUGAAAAGUUGUUUUGAAGCUGGUCUCAAGUAGGUAGUCAUAAUAUCUACAGACUAGGCUAUAAUCAUAGUCCUCGUUUCGAGGUCCGCUUUGCAGAUGCUAAUAGCAUGGAAACCACGUAUUUGAGGGGUUAUCAUAGCUUAAUUCUAGUCCUGCUAUCAUUUUCAUGACUGAAUAAACUAGGGGAAACCUGCCUCUUACCUUUCUCUAAUAUUGAUAUACCUAACUGCUUGCUUGUAAUGCUUUAGUCUACGGGAUCUGCGUAAAUUCCGAUCUAAGGAGGAUGCUAGCGUAGCCUUCGCACCAAUUAGUGGUCAUUUAAUACUGCUACCUAGAAGUUCUCUUAUCCACCAAAAAGAUCCUUUUUUUUCUGUCAACUAUUGCUGAUGGGCUUUUUAAGGGCGACAAAUCAUUAGAAGUAGAACCACUAUGCUGGUAUGUAGGUAUGUAUUGUGUAGAGGUGCAGAGGCAUCUCGUUUUGUUUCAUGUGGACCAAAC